AUGGAUAAACCAAGAGAUUACUCUCAGGUAUUAGAAAUCAUGUACAAACUUGAUCCAUUAGUACAAAAGUUAACUCAUUUUGUACAUACAGAUAGUAUGUAUAAAUUGAGAAACCUAUUCCCUCACUCCAAUGAUUCCAAUAUUGCAAACAAUAUAUCCUGUGGAAACACGACAAGUGAACGUGAUCAGACUAUGCUGAAUGAAUUACACCAGUUGGACAACAGUAUCACAUUCCUAUUGAAUACAUUCAAAAGUUAUAAGCCAAAAAAGCAGAAGAAGAAUUGUAGUCAGACAACGACGGCGGCGACGACAAAUACGGCUACCACCACGGCCACCGCCACGGCCACGGCCACGAGUACUAUUAGCACAGCUGAGACUGCUGCUUUGAAGAAGUCUUUUGUCGAUGAAUUACAUGAAUUAAGUAGUCAUGUUAACAAUCUUUUAAAUUAUCCUAAAGCGGAUCCUACUAACGCUCAGAGUGUGCAGACACUACUAAGUCGACUAGACGGUGAACUCAACAGUCUAAUCGAUAUAUUUACAAGUUAUCCCAGUCAACUGGUAAACACAACAACAGCUUCUACAACUGUGGCAAUGAGAACACCUAAAGAACCAGUAACUCUUAUUAUUCAAUGUAAUCCAAAUAAUCCUCCAUUAUCUGUGCUACUAUUAUGUCAUUUAUUGAUUAGUAAUCAUUACAGAGUAACAAUUAAAUCAUUCAAGCACUCAACAGUUAUGAAGGAAUUACCUCAAUCACUGGAGAAAUUACUUGAACUUUUAACUACUCCUGCUGCAGCGACGACUCCUAUUGAUACAAAUUUAAACUUACAUUUCAUUUGGAAUUUAUCCUGUCCUGAUUGUGUUAUAUCCUCAUUUGACAAAUCGAUUACCCCAUCAAAGCUAUACGGUGAAUGUAUGCUAGUCGAGUUAAUCUAUAGAGUGUUUGAAUCAGCAGCACAAACUGAUGAUAAGCUGUUAUCGCUGAUCAUGUUGAUUGAUUCAAAGUUAUUAUUAUCGUCAUCAUCAUCAUCAUCAUCUUCAUUGGGUACUUCGUCGACGAUUGUUCAAGCCUGUAGACAAGAAGCCCUAACUACACUGAAUGCUCAUUCAUAUUUUCAACAAAUUACACGCGAUUUCCCAUCAAUUAUUGACUGUUAUUUAUAUACAUGUCUGAAACAAUUGAAUUUUUUCAAUGGUGAUGGUCUACCGGGUAAUUUAAAGGUGUGGUUGAAAUUUUGUCAGAAAUGGAAAAGUUUUAAUUUGUUAUCAGUGUAACAAUUGAAUUAUGUGAUAUUGUAUAAUUAAUUAUAUACAUUCUGGUGUACAGAAGUCAUUUUUUAUGUUCUGUCUUUUAUUCUGUGAUGGAUGUACAGCUGUACCUAAUAAACUGGUCUAGGUGGGUCAGGAGUUCGAAAUACCCAUCGCCUCUUUCGCCGUGUAAUGUUAGCUGACAUGAAGUUGUAUUGGAGAAUAGUUAAUUUGGUUUUUCAGGCACGUAGGGAAAUACCUUCCUAGGGUUUUCGGGACUUCGAAUGCUAAGAACAAAUGGUUACAGACUAUUGGUGAUAUGCUGCUAUCUAGGAAUGUUUGGCAUGCGAAUUAUCCGCUCCCGCCAAAUGUAUCAGUCAGUGCCGGCGGGUCGGUUGAUCGCUUUACUCUAACUUGUUUGAGUAUUGAUUGUUUUCUUGACCUGAAGCUUAACUUUUUGUUCAUUUGUGAUUUCCUUCUUAUCGAUUAAUAAAUCUUGUGUGUAUCAAUGUGUUUAUUGACUCUGCCAAUUAAUUCACUGGAAGUUACCAAAAAUUCUCUGGAGUUCUUGGUUUUUCCUCUGUCUAACUCAUGUCCAUGGUUGUCUGUAUGCAGUGAUAUAAGGAGGAGGUAGAUGUCGCGUCUUUUGACGGAUUGUUUAUAUCCAUGGAUGCAAAGACGAUUUGGGCUGCAUACACGCACAUA